GCGCCCGCGAAGGGAGGCUGCGGGGACCGGGGGCGCACGACGACGGCACCUUGCCACCGCGAGCUGCUGUCCGGGGAAGCCAGCGACCCGAGGGGAGCCCGCCAUCCUACAAUACCUAUGACGUCUCGGAACCACUCCGCUGGGUGUGUUAGAUGAUUGCGCCACGUUGCAGGCUCCGAAACUUCCCAUCGAAACGUACUAGCCUGCGCUGGGGAGACAGCUGCCGGCGCCAUUCCCACCCGACCGCCGGCCCCUGGUAGCCGAGACAGUCACGCCGCCGUGUCCGACGACAACGCCGGUGGGACACCGCCGCUAGCGGACGGACACCGUUCACCAAGCUCCCCUCGGGGGCGCGCCUCGCCGCCUGACGCCGACACGAGCUCCGCCCAUUCCUGAAACAGCGACGAUCGACGUGCGGAGGUCCGCCGACCAAGCGAGGCGCCAUGGCCAUCAACAUUGCGGGCGUGGUGUCCGUGGUGAUCUUCUACAUCCUCAUCCUAGCGGUGGGCAUCUGGGCCGGCCGCAAGAGCAAGAAGACCGGCAAUGAUCCCGGCGACGCUGAUGAAGUGAUGCUAGCCGGGAGAAACAUAGGAGUCUUCGUCGGGAUCUUCACCAUGACAGCCACUUGGGUGGGAGGAGGGUACAUAAAUGGCACCGCCGAAGCUGUUUACAGCAACGGCAUCAUCUGGUGUCAAGCUCCGGUUGGCUACGCGCUGAGUUUAGUCGUGGGUGGCUACUUCUUCGCCAACAAAAUGCGAGCCGAAGGUUACGUGACCAUGUUAGACCCGUUUCAAGAGCUGUUCGGAGGCCGGAUGGGUGGCUUGCUGUUCAUCCCAGCGCUGUGCGGAGAAGUGUUCUGGUCCGCAGCAAUUCUGGCAGCGCUUGGUGCCACCGUGGGCGUGAUCAUUGACAUGGAUACUAAUACGUCGAUCAUAGCGUCGGCGUGCAUAGCGCUCUUCUACACGUUCUUCGGAGGGCUUUACUCGGUGGCCUACACGGAUGUCAUCCAGCUAUUCUGCAUAUUCAUCGGACUGUGGCUGUGCAUCCCAUUCUGCAUGAUGAACGAGUCAGUGGGUACGCUAACGUACCCGACGAACGACUGGAUUGGGUCAUUGGAACCCAAGUACGUGGGACAAUACAUCGAUUUUGGGUUGCUCCUCAUCCUCGGUGGCAUCCCGUGGCAGGUCUACUUUCAGCGGGUCCUUUCCUGCAAAACUGCCUUCAAGGCGCAGCUUCUUUCCUAUGUAGCUGCUUUCGGGUGUAUCAUCAUGGCUAUUCCUGCUAUGAUUAUGGGUGCUGUCGCCAAAGCUACAAGGUGGAACGAGACGGCAUUCACGGGUCCGCUGCCCCUCGACAAGGAUCACACAUCGCUGGUGCUGCCCAUGGUGCUGCAGUUUCUGACUCCCGGCUUCGUCUCGUUCGUCGGGCUGGGCGCCGUGUCGGCUGCGGUCAUGUCCUCAUCGGACUCUUCCAUCCUCAGCGCAGCCUCCAUGUUCGCCAGAAACGUCUACAAGCUCAUCUUCAGGCAAAAUGCCUCCGAGCGGGAGGUGAUCUGGGUGAUGCGCGUGGCCAUCCUGUUUGUGGGCGCUAUGGCCACCGCCAUGGCACUGACCGUCAAGUCCAUCUACGGUCUCUGGUACCUGUCCUCGGACCUCGUCUUCGUCAUCCUCUUUCCGCAGCUCGUCUGCGUUGUCUACAUAAAGCACCACUGCAACACGUACGGCUCCCUCGGCGCUUACAUCAUUGGCCUACUCCUCCGUGGAUUAGGAGGCGAAGACAUCCUCGGUCUCCCAGCGGUCAUCAGGUACCCAUUCUACGACGAAAAUGACGGCCAGCUUUUCCCGUUCCGUACGCUUGCCAUGCUGACCAGCCUGGCGAGCAUCCUCUCCAUCUCGGCGCUAACACGCUGGCUCUUCGAGAGCGGCACCCUGCCGGCGCGGUUCGACGUAUUCCACUGUGUCGUCAACAUUCCGGAGGACAUCAUGAAGGUACAGGAGCCCCACGAGGGCGAGAUGACGGUGCUCAACGCGGGCGGCCUCGUCAAGAGCUACCAGACCGAAAUGAACGGCCGCGUCAACCCGGCGCUAAACCUGCACCCCGAGGAAGACGUCGAGGGGUUCCAGGUCAAGCCAUCCGCUGCUGUUGGAGCCGACCCACUGUCUCCUUUUGGCGGCGGGCCGCUCUCCACCACUGCAGCGCAGCCGCCGCCGCUCGGCGACAGGGGUAACGCGCUCUCAUCUGAAGACACUACCAAGCUCUAGGCUUGGCAGGGGUUCGGACGAGCCCCGGAGACGCACGGGUCCCAUAGUUCGCCCCGCUUCGGGCGGCCCCCCUGUCGCCCGGUCCCUAUGUCCACUGGCGCGCGUGAGCCGGCCCCCUACUCUCCAACCACGUCCCCCGUGUCUCGCCCGUGUUUCUCGUGUGUGUGCGUGUUUGUCCUAUCCGCGCCACUCGCCGUUUGGCGUACGCGGUGGUAUGGAGCUGCGCUCAGUCGCUUCGACGCCGGUAGCAAACGUGUGGGAGAAGGGCAUAACGCCCAAUAUUACCGCGCAAGCCGUUCUCUCGCUGAAAAUGGCGAAUCGUAUUACCGUCUUUUUUGGGCAUUUACAGACAGCAAGAGAAUGCGUGGCAGAGUUGCCUAUCGGAAGGGAAGUGGCGUAGAACAAUCACUUUGGAAGGGAAUGGAGCGGUGCACUACUGCAGGUACUUGCGUUUAAAAAGAAUUGAAACACGCUUUAUCUUUAAUGUUCCUGGGCGUUCCGCUGCCGUAAGUCACCAAGCUGUCCUUCUCAGGUCAGCGCAGUAUCCGAAAAGACUGGAAACACUGAUCGGCCCUGCACUCGUGAACGAUCCAAGCGAAGUCGACCCGACAGUCCUCUGUCAGGGACGUCGAUGCCAAGCUACAGUGGUUGUAUGUGGCAUGGCGGGCAUUUGAAUAGUUCGGUUCAUUUACCGAAUGAAUGUUGGCAUAACGAAUGCAGAUACAUUCUAGCAAACUAAUUACUGAACUCGCGGCAUUUUUACAAGUCCGCAAUCAGCAAUAGUUUAGUGUUCGCCUAAUGUUCUUAAGAAAUACGUUCCAUUAUAGAGUGCUGAGAAGGAUCAUCAUGCGAAAACAGUACUGAAAUGCCUGUGACAGGGCCAGUGAAAACACGUUCUCUCGAGCCAAACAUUCGCCGCGCUAUCUGCUUUGGAACAGACACACUGUUAUGACCGAAACCAUUGCAGUGCCGCGAAAUUUAUCAAAUAGAUACGCAUAAGACAAGCCUACAUUCUGUGCUUGCUUAUGUGUCCCACUGUACGCUGGUGUCUGAGCGACCAGCCAUUAUAACUGGCUAUUACAAAUAGGAGCGAUUGUACCGUUCUUGUUAAAACUUUAAGAAUAGAACAAUAAGAUUAGGUCACGUGCAGCCUUGCAGUCGCUGUUUCCAGCUGACAAGAUUUGAUGUACUGAAUACUUCGUAUCGUAUAGAAUUUCCCCCUCUCUACUGGUUGAAUGCCACCUGGUUGCCGCCUUUACGCCUCGCAGACUUCAGUGGCGUCCGAACGCGGAGUUAAGCGCCCCCAUCUUACGUCCAGCAUUGAAGUCUGCGUGCUUAUUUUGAUAGCCAUAACUCGUGCAGCUCAGCGAAGGGGCCCAUUCGUGUUAAGUGUAAAUGCUCGUCGGGGCAAAAUGUAGAAUUCCAAGAUAAUCGCUUUAUGCGAAACAAGUGUAAAGCGUUGUCUUGUGAGGACCCAUGGACGAAUUUUAUCUUUCCGUAGUUACAAAAAUUGGAGCAUGAUACUACCUUUGCUGCGCCUCAGCUGCCCACUAGAAGCGACAUGAACCCAGCAGCGAGAGCUCAUGUAUUCUGUCUGAGUCAAAGGGACCACUUCCACGCUAAGUGUGACCAUUAUUGGUUUCCAAAUAAUCAAAUUCGGCUCAAAUAACCGACACACAGCGUGCUGCUCUUGUUGGUGCAUACAACAUCGCAGUGAAAGGGUGAAGCGCAUUCCAGGUUAGGACCAGCGUUUGUCCUCAUGUGUUUUAUUGUGAAGUGUCUUCCUUUCGCGCUCCUCUCUUCCACUCUGCUCGUAUCACGCACUAACUCGGCACGCUGUGAUCAUUGGCGCGACAUGAAGGCGCACACACGCUGUUAGGAUAGCAAAAGGUGGGCCCCUUUCCUGUGCUUAUCGUAAGACAGCCACAAAAGUGCAGCUCGUGUCCCAACCUCGGGAGGUGCCCGUUGACCGAACGCGCAAAUUUUCACGUUUGAAUCGUUGAAAGGCAAAAUUACAGCCAUUGCCGGCAACGCUAGAAGACGAGAGGUUACAUUUGUUCCGCGUUUUCGGCUGUACAAGCCUAAAGCGCUGAAGGGCGAGAGCUAUCGCCGACAGUGUUCCACCUGUCUACACUAACCGGAGAGAAGCAUGCUGCGCCAAAUGUUGUAACGGGAAACGUAUUUCCUUUUAUCAUCUCUCAUUCUCCUGUGCAAGCGAUGUGCACUCCCGGCUCCUACACAUCCGGCGCGCAACAGGGUGGCUUCUAUAGAGUAUUGACAUCUGUGAGACGCACCUCGAGUUCGUUGUGUCAAACAGACAUGUUGUGACAAUCACGUUAUGCAGCGCGCGAGCAUAGAGCCGUCGGUAUUUUUUGGGAAAGUUUAUUGCGGGGAGCUAUCCCCCUUACUCGUUGUGGUCGAUAACUCAAUGUUGUAAGCGCGAUGACAAUCAAGUUUAUAGUGCACUGUGAUCGUGGUACCUUUCGUUGGAGAGAUAUAUACGCACUUUUUCUUCAGUGACAAUCAAUAGCCAUGGACGUGGUGACAAUGUGAGCCACGUGCGAAGGCCUGACGGCACAGGGUCUCGACAAUCCUGCUAUACUGUAUACAGCAGCAAAGCAUUUACGAUGAACUCGCGGAACGCCACCGCGGCACGCAGCUGCGUGGUGAGAUCGAAAGCUGCCCGUCUUGGUGAUCACGGUGAAACUUGGGAUGCUAUACACAAUAUACGCAACGUAGGUGAAUGUGCUAUUUUCUGACCUCAUGCUUGAAUUAACAGCGUAGUCGGAAAUAGGAGCGCUUAGCGCAGAUAAAAUAAAGCGUGUAUAUAUUACAAGCCACCCUAUUCGGAGCGCAAAUUCGGAAGCUCGGGCGACGUUAACUUCAGGUGCAUGCAGCGUGCAUGCUACGCUGACGAAUGCGUUCCAGCUAGCGUGAACUUAGUAAAACAAACAGACAAACAAACAAAAAGAGAGCUGCAGUGGUCAUGUAAACGCUAACAAAUGCUGAAUUAUGUUGCAAGCGACGAGGCGCACCCGUCAAGUUCUGUCCGAGGGAUAGUAAACAUUACAGGACAAAAAUAAAUAAACAAUGGGGAGGGGGGUCAAGUACGCGGCUGAUUUCGACCGUGGUACCUGAGGUCACGAUGAGCUCAUUUGCCUACCUUGUGUUGUUCAAGGAUCAAAGAGUGCCACUCCUUACAACGCGGCAAACAUUCGAUCGCGCUGUUUGUUUCGUCGUGACGAGGCAUUUCUGCGAAAUUCUCCAUUUGCUGCAUGCCCACGCAUUUUCGUUAUGUGACUUGUUGAGCAGUGCAUGAUUAUUCCAUUUCUUGAACAUAUCGUUUCACACUUCGCAUACAUCUUCGGACGCGAAAAAAAAAGUUAUAUUAAGCGCAUUGCCCUCUAGCGUGCUCUGUUCAGCUGUUUGGAUGUGUUAGUUGCACGCGCAAACAGAUGUGUUGCAGGUGCUGCGAAUAACUUAUAUAUAUGUACAUAUGUAUUAUUUAUCGUCACUGCUUUGUGAACCUGUUAGAGACUUGAUUGCUGAGCAAUAUUUUCGCAUAUUGACAGAGCCCUCGUACUUAUACACUUUGUUCAAGGAUGCACUCACUUCUAGCGGAAUCCUUGCUUGGACUGUGAGAAGGCAGGAAUGACUGUUCCCACGGUGUUUCAAGACAAAACAUAUCUAAGCCGUAGCAGGCUAGGUGUUGGUUGAUGUUAAUGCUUGACGUAUCUAUAGGCGUUAUUUUACAAUUUUUCCGUCAUCACGUAAGCCCUGCUCCAACGGUAUUGUUAUUUCGUUGUGUCAUUGUAAGCCGCGUCAGGUGUUACCUGUUGUAAACCUCUAGCUGUUGACAAUCAAGCCGCAUCUUGUAUUAUGACAUCGCACCAAAGGAAUUGCGACGAUGUGUGCAGCCAUGUUUUGAGAUAUUUAAGUGCAAUUAUGUGCCCGUACGUAACGUUAAGAUCAAGUUGAAGGGGCACAGGAUGGUUGAAGAUGCGUCUGGCUCUCGGCGCGAGUGCUCGCAGAUAGUACGGACCGUUGUUAUCCCGUCUAUCGGCGAAGCUUAGCGCUAAUUUCGGAAGCCGGAGCUACGCAGGUUAUAGUUCAGAAUAAGCGUGGCGCUGGGAAUCCGACAAAUAAACGGGUCAGUUUGAAGGUUCGCCCAUCCGGUGCGGCAUGCUAUACACGGCGGGAGCAAAUUAUUGAGUGCGCUUUCGCCAAAUGCAGCCGCACAGUGAGAAGAAACGAAAUUUAGUGCUACGGCAAACGUGAACGGUGUUGCUGGAGUAGCGUAAAAGUAUUGCUGGAUUUAAGUUACAGUGGGAAGCCUACCGCUGAAGUGCACCAAUGUUUUUGUUGUUUCUAUUGCUUUUAAAUGUAAAUCGAAAUGACGAAGUUAAAUUUAUCGCACGCGUUACCAAAGCUGUCCGAGAUUUGUCCAUUCUCGAGUAUUCACCGGCCGCUAAUUUGUGUAUUUUAUCUGCAUUACGCAAUAAGAACGGGCAUUGGCGUUUUUUUUUUUUUUUUCUAUUCCACCCAAAUGAAGCAAGCGACGCCACAUUCGACCAACUCGACGCGAACACGUCAUAGCCUGUCGUAGUGAUAGUGCAACUCGUUAUAAUUAAAAUGUUACUUGGCUAGUUACUCCGCAUUUAAAAGUUUACGUGAAAUUUUAGUGUUUUGAUGUACUCCAGCUUCGCGUUUACGUCCAAGCCCAGCUGCCGUAGGAGCCAGACCUCGUGGGUGCCAUUUUCGAAACGUUUGUGCAAUAGGCACCCUGCAGCCCACUGCCCUUCGUGAUGCUUAAGGGUUUGCAUUUUGUAGUACGCAGAUUCAAUUCAUUUGAAAUUGUAACAGAGUUUAAUCCCAUUAUCAAAUGCUCCCAUCGCAGCUGAGCCGUAUGCCAGGACGACGCGCAGUUUACCUGCAAGUUCUCACGUGCUCAUGAAUAUAUCACAAAUUGUGAGGUUAUUUAUACGUGCAUGCACUUACAUCAGACCAUAAAAAAAUAAAGUUAUCUUCUUUUACUGAUGGUAGGUAUUAUGUUGAGAGUAGCCCCAGGCUUUCUUUUUUACUUUGUUUCUUUCGGUUGUUUCGCCUAUUAUUCGUGUUAUUCCCGCUUUGUAUUAUUCUGUCGUCGUGAGUAAAGUGUCUGGCAAACAGCGAGUAUGCCAUAUUUCCUAAUUACCAAAGAAAGCGUUUUUUUUUUCAUUUCUUUCCCCCCUGAUCGCUGCUACCAUAACGCCACGUUCGCUCGUGGCAGGAGACGUAAUGGAAAAAAAAAAAAGAUGCAAUCACCUUUAUCCUUCUCUGGACUUUCUAAUAUCCAAAUAGUUUGCCCGCUCGUGGGCUGCAUUUUAUUUUGCUCAGAUUACGGCAUUAGUGCAAUUUGUAUUCCACCGUGCUGUCUUCCCAGGAGUCUAUAAAUACGUGCAAGCUGCUAAUUUAACAAUUUGCGGCAUACAGACUCGUGCGUAGGAUGUAAAAGAUUACAGCUUGACUAGGACGUUGCGAGAACACUUAACUGGAUAGAGACGGACACGUUUGACUUAAAUCAAGGAUCACGUCACUUUCUUCGAAAUUAAUACAGUCGCAUAUCAGCUUCUUAUUUUUCAUUUUUAUUUUUCAUUUUUGUUAUUUCGUUGUGCACCGUUGGCAUCUUUUAACAAAGAGCUCGGAGCUUGUGAAAAGCUUUGUACCAGCAGUCGGGUUGCUUACAUCGCGUAAUGACGAGCCCAAGUGUCCAUGUUUACCGUGCUCCCGCACAGGAGGAUAUGUUCCCUCUCUCUCUUCUGCUGACGUGGCAAGCAUAAUAGUGUGCUUAACCUGGAGCUGCUGGCAAUGCUAGAGAUUGCCCGGGAGGAGGGGGGGGAGGAGGCGGGGGGGAUCGUAUUUUGUUGUCUUUAGCCUUGCUCUGACAAGGAGAGCACAAUGCGCGCCUGUUAACGAAAUGCGCAGACAGCAAUAUCAAUCAACCUUGACAAUCAUGUCUUAGAUGUGUGUGCGUGUGUAUGCGUGUACGUGUUAUUCAGAUAAUGUGACAGUCAUGUUUCAUCGUGCAAAGGGUUUACUUACGAAGUUGUUGAAAAAUGCCGUGAGCAUCCGACCGAAGAUGCAACGAGGUAAACAAUAAAGAGAGAUGUAUUAGUGUGUGAUACGA